GCAGAACUGAACGGCGCUGCCAUUUUCAAUUCGGUAUCCAGUUCACGUAGUACAUCCACGGAUGACGCCAGAUCGCAGGGCACGCUACCGUACGUUGCUGACGUGUAGGUAGGGAAGUGGAUGUUUAGCUGUUAGCCUUUAGCUCGUCCUCGUCACCAUAAGCAUUUGUUAGUGGCAGCUCACUACGAAAUCACCUGUGGCAGUACGUAGCUAUCUGACAAACAGCCAGGCAGGACUUCCUGGAGCAGCUGCACAGCAAACAAGGAAUUCAUUACAGAACAAUUUGAUGGCAAUCGGAGCCGACGGGACAGUCUAAAACGCAUAAGGUGGGGUUGAAUACAGCAGCUUUAUGAACAAGUGUGACUGACCUGCCCAGCAACAAUGGGGAAGAAGAGGGUCCCAGAUGUGUACAGAGCCCCUUUUCCCUUAUACUCUAUUAAAGUUGACCCUAAAACAGGUCUGGUGAUCACAGCAGGAGGAGGAGGUGCCUCUAAGACGGGCAUAAGGAAUGCUGUGCACUUCCUUGAUCUACAGCUGGUGGGAGAACACCAGUAUAGUGCCAGCCUUCUUCACUGUCAUGACACUGACACACGAGCCACCAUGAACAUGGCUGUAGGUGAUGGUGUAAUUGCAGCAGGACAGGAUGGGACCUGCAGCCUGAUGAGGUUUCAACUCUGCACACAGACAGACGGAAGCAAAGCUGCAGCGAAAGAGGGAGGGAACAGUGUGCUGCAGGGUAGUGCCAGGCGACGAGCUGGGAAAGGAGACAAAGGUGGACAGGAUGGAGCUGCAGCCUCUGGAGAUUUGUCCAAUAUUAAGAACGAGACAACUCGCAUCUCUGUGACUGGUUUGGCUGAAGUGCAGUCAGACCUGAACCCUCAGGACCCGCUGCAGAAGGUUGUCCGCUUCAGUCCUGACCUGAGCCUUCUGCUGACAGGAGGCACAGAUGGACACAUUCGAGUCUGGGAGUUUCCAUCCCUGAAGAAAAAGUUUGACUUCAAAGCACAUGAAGGGGAGAUUGAAGACCUGGAUAUGAGUCCUGGAAAAAAGCACCUGGUGACUGUUGGUCGGGACUUUGCCUGCAGUGUAUGGAGUGGCAACCAAUUGGCUAUGAGUCUGAAAUGGCAUGAAACCCUUCCUCAAAUGGCCGAGAAGACUUAUCGAUAUAUGGCUUGCAGGUUUGGAAAAGUAGAGGACCAGAAAGAGGCCCUAAGGUGUUACACAGUGCAGAUCCCCCAUAAAAGAGACAGAAGACCACCUCCCUGCUACCUCACCAAGUGGGACGGCAAGAACUUCCUGCCCAUGCUCACAGCUCCCUGUGGCACUGAGGUCAUCUCCAGUCUGGCUGUCAGUGACUCUGGAACAUUUCUUGGCCUUGGAACUGUAACAGGAUCAGUAGCCAUCUACAUCUCUUUCUCCCUUCAGAAGUUGUAUUACGUACAAGAGUCCCAUGGCAUUGUCGUAACAGACCUGGCCUUCCUGCCUGACUCGUUUAAAGGCAAAAACAUCAAUGGGAGCAAUGAAAAAGCCAUGUUGAGUGUAGCUGUGGACAGCCGCUGUCAAGUACAUGCCGUCCCCAACCGAAGUAAGUCCAGUGAGCACACUAAGACCACGUGUCAUAACUCCAAACCCUCCAAGUCCACCUUUGUCCCUUUGUUUUGUCCUCCAGGGUCUUUUCCUAUCUGGCUGGUGCUGUUCUGCUGUGGCCUCAUGGUUGUGGGAGUCAUCUUCCUCCUACAGUACCUCUUUCCAGGAUUUAUUUAAAUCAUGCAAAGGCUGAAGGAGCAUGGUCACUGCUUCACAUGGCCUGUCAACAUCAGCGGUCUUCAGUCCAACAUACAAACUUCCCAGUGUUGAACUACAACUCUCUGCUGAGCCGGUGAAACAGCUUCUAUGGCGCCCUGGUGUUGUCGGCCCUCAGCUCUUUCUCAAGGUUGUUCCACUCAGACAUGUAAACCCAGUGGAAACACACCUUUACCAUCUGUGGGAUUUUACUUGCUUUGAAUUCAUUAUUCUUAAUCUUUUUUGGAUUCAUGUUAGAGAUUUGAAGGACUCAGGCUCAUGAAUGUUUAAUGAGUUGAUAAUUUUAUUGACAUAUUUAAGGAAAAAUGUAAAAAUAUAAAAAUGAUUGGCACAUAAUGUGUCGGAUUUUAUUAUUUUUUUCCUGUACACAAACACUUUUAAACCGCCAUUCUCUUUGAAUAACUGUUUCACUUAGUGAAACUUAUCCAUUAAGAAAACAUUUCUACACAAAGUUUCAAAAUCCUCCACAAAUGUAAAAUCAUUUGAUAUUAUUACAAAGAGAUGUGGGGAAAUAUAAUGAAAGCAAACAAGAACCAGAAAGUCUGAACUUAAUCAAAAAUAAAUGCAUUUUUACUAGAA